GGGUAGGUGAUAGAGGAGGUAGGACGUAGGAGCCCGCCAGCCGCACUGCGCCACUGCCGCAGGACGCAGUCAGUGUUCAACAAGCUGGGACCAUCAGUUGUGUGGCGUCACGCGUCGCGAGAAGUUGUGCCCGCCUUUGCUGGAUCAUACGAUACUCCAACAUACCUUCAUAAGUCAAGAUGCCCGGCCAGUGUCCUCGCUGCCAGAAAGCAGUGUAUUUUGCCGAGGAGAAGAUCGUCCUUGGUCGGCCUUACCACAAGAUGUGCAUCAAGUGUGCUAACUGCAACAAGUUGUUGGACAGUAGCACCUUCACUGAACAUGACGAAGAGAUGUACUGCAAGAGCUGCUAUGGCCGCCUCUUUGGACCCAAGGGUUAUGGCUAUGGAGUUGGGGCCGGUGUACUCUCCAUGGAUGAUGGAAGCAAAUAUCAGAAUGGCCCUCCAAGAUCCAACAUUCCAGCCACUAUGGAGGCUUACAUAGCACCCUUGAAGGAACCUGCUCCAACAACUAAGCCAGUCCGGCCCAAGUGGGGUGGAGCAGAUUACUGUGUCAGAUGUUCAAAGCAAGUGUUUAUGGCAGAACGUAAGAUGGCUGCUGGGGGAGCUUGGCACAAGGCUUGCUUCAACUGUCGUGAAUGUCAUAAAUGUCUUGAUUCCAACUCAGUUCGGGAGCGAGAGCAGGACAUCUACUGCAAUCCCUGUUAUGGAAAGAACUUUGGACCUAAGGGGUACUGGGGAUGGUCCUCUGCAAAAGUGUCUUAAAUCAAGCUUCACUUCCCAUCCAAGUUGUCUUUUACCCAUGUUAAGUAUUAUGACAAGUUCUGUAACUCUGACUUGCACGUGUUUCUUGACAUUCAAAGUUAAUAAAGUUAUAUAUUAUAUAUAACAAAUGCAUGUAAAACAGGACAAGUAAAUUUUUGUAUGCCAAUAAUCUUUUUAGUGGUGUUGGAAAUGAGAUGCAGUAUUUGUGUACUUGCAUUAAAUUUUCAAAGUAAAAAUUAUUACUAUGGGGAUUAUUCGUGUUCCUAUUGGACAUAUGAAAUAUCAACACAUAAUAAGUUACUGUUAUUACGUCUAAUAAGAUAUCUAUUUCAUCAAUAAAAACAUUAAAUAAUGUUUAUUCCAUGGUACCUGCUUUUUCCAGUGUUUAAAGAGGAAUUAUUCACCAGUUGAUGUUUAGUUAACAUAUCAAAUUUAUGAAGUGUAGAAAUAAGGGCACAAGUUGUCUUGAUAACUGUUAUUGUAGGUUGACAUGUAAAAGUUAGUUUUACAAAAUAUUGUUUUUGUUUUGACAUGUAAAACUUGGAUUAGGAACAAGUCUUUUACAAAAUAUUGUUUUUUGUUUUGACAUGUAAAACUUAGAUUAGGAACAAGUCUUGUACAUCCUGUCUUGUGUUCAUAACAUUCCACUGUAGCUACUAUGCCUGUUAUUCCUUUAUUGUAACUCUUUAUUGUCUAUGGUAAUGGUCAGUUUUGUGUAAUCUAUUAAGUGAAGUAAACAUAAGUAGUUAUCAAAUACUAAAAGGAAGCUUGAACUUGCAAAUAUAACCUAAAAUCCAUGCAUGUAAUUGGUAACAAUCUAACAAAACAAAAAGAAAAAUCAUAUGUAUGGAACUAAACGGCCAGCCUUAAAAAGCUUUCACUAUAUUUUGUCGACGUUUCAGAAAUCAAAUUGUUGUGGUCGACGUUUCGGAAAUCAAAAUGUGUUAUAAACCCUUUGUUAUGGUGUGUAAAUUUUAUUGUGCUUCUUUGUCACAGAAUGUUUACUUGCAGCACUGAACAGAGUUUACAUUGGAAGGUAUCCAAUAGUACAUUGUCAUGAAGCACAAUCAGUUUUAUUCUAUUUCCAUGGUGCAUAUUAGUCUAAAAUAAAUAUGAUUUAUCAAAUUCA